GGUUCAAUAUUUUUCUGAAUGUAUCAAUUUUGAAAAUAAAAUUUCCCUAGUCUUUUUUUCAAAUAUUUUUAAUUAAAAUAAAUUUAAAUUCAGAAAAAACUCGAAUAAAUUGCACUUUCCCACCGCCCGCCACCGUCGUCGAUGUGAAAGCACUCGUAAUGGAUUCGGUGGCAUCUUUUCGUACUCCGUAGCACACUGUUUUGCAGCUUUCUCCUCGGAACCUCCGACCUCUGCGACCAAACCAUGGAUCUCCAGCGAGCCAUCGGCAACCAAAACAACGUCUCUUUGUCUCUGGCGAAGUGGAUCUCGUCGAAGGAAGCCAAGGACUCGAACCUCGUCUUCUCGCCCGCCUCCAUCUACGUCGUCCUCAGCCUGGUUGCUGCCGGCUCCGGAGGUCUUACCCUGUACCAGCUCCUCUCCUUCCUCAAGUCCCAAUCUGCCGACGAACUCAACACCUUGUCUUCUCAGCUCGUCGCCCUCGUCUUUGCCGACGCCAGUCCGAUCGGUGGCCCUAGGUUGUCUUUCGCGAACGCCGUUUGGCUCGACAAGUCUCUCUCUCUCAAGCCUUCUUUCAAACGGGUUGUCGACGACGUCUACAAAGCUGCUUUGAAUCAUGUUGAUUUUCAAACCAAGGCUGAUGAAGUGAUUAUUGAAGCAAAUUCAUGGGUGGAAAAGGUAACUGGUGGCCUCAUUACAGAGGUUCUUCCUCCUGGGUCAGUUGACAGUAUGGCCAGGCUUAUCUUGGCGAAUGCACUCUACUUUAAAGGAGCCUGGAAUGAGAAAUUUGAUGCAUCAAAAACAAAAGACUCUGACUUCCACCUUCUUAAUGGGAGUUCAGUUCGAGCUCCUUUUAUGACAAGCAGCAAGAAGCAAUUCAUCAAAACCAUCGAUGGAUUUAAAGUCCUAGGUCUUCCGUAUAAACAAGGCGAGGAUAAGCGCAUGUUCUCCAUGUACUUCUUUCUUCCAGAUGCAAAAGAUGGCCUGCCUGCUUUGGUUGAGAAAAUGGGCUCCGAACCUGGGUUACUAGAUAGCUACAUUCCACGCCUAAAAGUAGAAGUGAGCGACUUCAGGAUUCCAAGGUUCAAGAUUUCUUUUGGGUUUGAAGCUUCUAGUGUGCUGAAGGGAUUGGGCCUGGUGUCACCCUUUGCUGGAGGAGGUCUGACUGAGAUGAUCGAUUCCCCUCUGAGCGGGAACCUCUGCGUUUCAAGCAUUUUCCAUAAAUCCUUCAUAGAGGUGAAUGAAGAAGGGACAGAAGCUGCAGCUGCUUCUGCUGCUGUGGUAACACUCAGGUCUUUGCAAUUUGCAGAAAAGGUAGACUUUGUUGCUGACCAUCCUUUCUUGUUUCUGAUAAGAGAAGAUAAGACUGGAGUGGUGCUGUUUUGCGGCCAUGUGCUCAAUCCCCUUGAAGGUUGAAGUUAGAUUUGUGCGAGUAAAUCAAACCUAACAACAGUAAGAAGUAGGAGGCAUGUACUAUUUAUCUAUACUGAUCCUAGAUAACACUAUAUAUGGCAAUGUGUUUUGCUAAUUUCCGAAGCCCUAGUGUGGGCUUAGCAGGCUACGACCGUGCAUGGGCUUGAAUGAUAUCCUUUGUACAAGUUUUUAAGCCCUCGCCUCACGCAUGUGUGCAUUGUCUUUUCUAUAAUAAAAAGCAACAUCAUGUGUACUCGCAAA